GAGGAUGAAUUGAUGUUAACCAGACACUGCUUUCAUAUGUGUUAAAUGGGAAAUAGUGGGAUGAAUUUUUAGCAAUAGCAACGCUUGUGACUGUUGACUGGUUGAGGGUGUUGUAACAGCCCCCGAGCCAAGCUCUGUGAGCUCAAAGGACAUGAGCAUGACCUAGGCAAAGCUCUGUGAGGUCAAAGGCCAUGACCCAACCGAACCUCACCUGCACACCACCUGUCUUGACACCACGCAAGAAUUGUGUUGCCGCCGCUAACAUGGCUUCACCUUCCUCGCGUGGCCACUCCUUGCCAAUGCCAAGACCUCUGGUCAUCUCUUCAAAUGCCAACGCCGCGCCCUUCCUCCUGCUCCCUACCAACAACCAGCAGCAGCAGCAGCAGCUCAGAAGGAUGGGCGAUGCGGCCAUCGCCACCGUGCAUUUGCAUGACGCUGAGGAGGAGCAGGAGCAGGAGCACAUCUUCCGGAGCCGGUUCCCGCCCGUGGCCGUGCCGGACGACGUCACGGUGCCGGAGUUUGUGCUGGCGGGCGCCGAGGCCUACGCGGACAAGACGGCGCUCGUGGAGGCUGCGCCGGGUGGCCAGUCCUACACCUACGGCGAGGUGGUCCGGGACGUGGCGCGGUUCGCCAGGGCGCUGCGGUCUGUCGGCAUCCGGAAGGGCCACGUCGUGGUGGUCGCGCUCCCGAACCUGGCGGUGUACCCCGUGGUGAGCCUCGGGAUCAUGUCCGCCGGCGCGGUCUUCUCCGGCGUGAACCCGCGCGCCGUGGCCGGCGAGAUCAAGAAGCAGGUGGAGGACUCGGAGGCCAGGCUCGUGGUCGCCGACGCCGUGGCCUACGACAAGGUGAAGGACGCGGGCGUGCCGGUGAUCGGCAUCGGGGACGCCGCGCGGCUUCCCGGCGCGAUAAGCUGGGACGAGCUCCUCGCCGCGGCGGACCGGACGGGCGCGCCGGCGGUGGCGCUGGACCCGGCGCAGCAGUCCGACCUGUGCGCGCUCCCUUACUCGUCCGGCACGACGGGGGUGUCCAAGGGCGUGAUGCUGAGCCACCGGAACCUGGUGUCCAGCCUCUGCUCCUCCAUGUUCGCCGUCGGGCCGGAGAUGGUGGGGCAGGUGGUCACCCUGGGCCUCAUGCCCUUCUUCCACAUCUACGGCAUCACCGGCAUCUGCUGCGCCACGCUGCGGCACAAGGGCACGGUGGUGGUCAUGGACCGCUUCGACCUGCGCGGCUUCCUGGGCGCGCUGCUGACGCACAAAGUCAUGUUCGCGCCCGUCGUGCCGCCGAUCAUGCUGGCCAUGGUGAAGAGCCCCGUGGCCGACGAGUUCGACCUGUCGGGCCUCGCACUCAGGUCCGUCAUGACGGCCGCCGCGCCGCUGGCGCCGGAACUCCUCGCGGCGUUCGAGCGCAAGUUCCCGGGCGUGCAGGUGGAGGAGGCGUACGGGCUCACGGAGCACAGCUGCAUCACGCUGACGCACGCCGGCGGCGACGACCCGCAGCAGGGGCCGGUCCAGAUCGCCAAGAAGAAGUCGGUCGGGUUCAUCCUGCCCAACCUGGAGGUGAAGUUCGUGGACCCGGACACGGGGCGGUCGCUGCCCAAGAACACGCCCGGGGAGAUCUGCGUGCGGAGCCAGGCCGUGAUGCAGGGCUACUACAGGAGGAAGGAGGAGACGGAGAGCACCAUCGACGCCGCGGGGUGGCUCCACACCGGCGACGUCGGGUACAUCGACGACGACGGCGACGUCUUCAUCGUCGACCGGAUCAAGGAGCUCAUCAAGUACAAGGGCUUCCAGGUGGCCCCUGCCGAGCUGGAGGCCAUCCUCCUGUCUCACCCGUCCGUCGAGGACGCCGCCGUCUUCGGGCUGCCGGACGAGGAGGCCGGCGAGGUCCCGGCGUCGUGCGUGGUGCGGCGUCGUGGCGCGCCGGAGAGCGAGGCGGACAUGAUGGCGUACGUGGCGGAGCGCGUGGCGUCGUACAAGAAGCUCCGGCUGCUGCGGUUCGUGGACGCCAUCCCCAAGUCGGUGUCCGGCAAGAUCCUGCGGAGGCAGCUCAGGGACGACUUCAUCAAGACGGCAGCAGCCUAGUGCACUGCAGACACUAGGGACAAGUCGGCAUGCUUGCCGUAUACAGUUAUACCAGAGCUAGACAGUGCAAGAUCUUGCAUUCGUAAACCAAUAACUGCUGUGUCUCAUCUUGGAAGAUCCAGCUGGCCAGGAGAAGACGCUAUCGCAGUACAAGACUUUCCCGAUUUAAUGUAAUUCUUGUUAAGAGUGAGCCCGCGAGAGAGUUUUAAAGGGGAAACUCCUGAAGAUUGUA